AUGAAUACCGUCGAAGCAAAGGAAUGGCUAGAUAAGUGCUACGGCAUCUGUUCACCACCCAGUUCAACCAUCAAAUACUGGUUUGCUGAAUUUCGUCGCGGGCGUACAUCCACCGCUGAUGCUGAACGAUCAGGUCGCCCAAAAGAGGCAAUUAUCCCCGAAAUCAUUCAACAAGUCCGCCGCAUGUUAUUGAAUGAUCGAAAAGUGAAAGUGCGUGAGAUAGCUGAGUCCAUAGACAUAUCAACAGGGUCAGUGGUUACAAUUAUGCAUCAACAUUUGCACAUGAAAAAGCUGCUUGCUAUGUGGGUGCCGCAUUUUCUCAACAUCGACCAAAAAGAACAACGAAUCAAUGAUUCUCAGCGAUGUUUGGCAUUGUAUAAUCGCAAUCCAAGGGAAUUUUUGCGUCGAUACAUCACGAUGGAUGAGACUUGGGUCCAUCACUACGUACCACAAGACAAACGUCAGUCUGCGGAGUGGGUAGGACCAGAUGAAAGACCUCCAAAGCGUGUGAAGCAAGAUCGAUGGGCUGGCAAGAAAUAUUGUGUCAUUUCGUAA